CAGCGCGCCUUUCAGACUCAGCUCGUUAACAGUCCUCCACUAUCCCAGCAACCACCGCGUUCAGGGUCUUCCCCUGUCCCAGCAAACACCGCGCAGCUAGGUCCUCCUCGGUCCCAGAAUACCACUAACCGGAAGCCCUCUGGCCCUCCGUCAUGUGUGUGACAGAAACCACCUUCCCCGACGCCUUUCUCCUUCAGGCGGGUUCCGGGAAACGCCUCCUCCUGCUACAGGGGACGGCCAGAAGCUGCUGAGAGAAUAAACAGCCGCUCCCUCCGCCAGGCCCAGCCUGCGGAGCUUGUCUCAGUGUCGAAGGGAGAGGGAGUAGCUGACAGGUCUGGGGGGGGGGGGUUACCGAGUGGAACCUCCCCCCAGGGGAGUGGUCACCAUGAAGCCCAGUGAGACGGAGAUGCUGAGGGGUGAGCUGGUUCAGUUGAAUGUUCCUAUCAUUCAGCAAUCCUUUCACUGGGACUGUGGACUCGCCUGCUCCAGGAUGGUCCUGCAAUAUCUCCAUCCUGUGAGUGACGAGGAAUUCCAGACAGCCUGUUGGAGAUUACAGCUCAGUGAAAGUGUCUGGACAAUAGAUCUGGCUUACCUGAUGCAGCAAUUUGGUGUUAUGCACAGAUUCUGCACACAGACACUGGGAGUUGACAAGGGCUAUCGAUACCAGGUGAGCUGUUCACUGUUCCUCACAUGCACUGAACAUAAUGGCAGGAUCAAAAUUUCGAUUGAUUUGUUGAACAGGGUCUUGUAUCACAGGAUUCACAAGAAACAGAAGGUGCUCAUUGUUUCUGCAGUCAUUUCCUAGUGCCAAUCCCCCACUUUUUGCCCAUAUACUUGCACACAUUUUGUAUUCAAAUAAUCAUCCAAAGCCCUCUUGAAUGCCGCAAUUCGACAUGCAUCAUCACAUUUCCAGGCAUAAUUUUUACUUUUCACAUCUUUUCACUCCCCAGUUGCCUGGAUGAGUGACUUAAGAAGGUAGAAACAAUGACUGCAGAUGCUGGACACAAGAUUCUGGA